CCGGGCUGGGACUGGCGUUUCGGAUCUGCGCCUCCUGGCGAUUCCGCGCCUUUGUCUUCCUCGGCGCCGCCUUCUGCGCGCGAUGCCGAGUCCUCCCGAGUUGGUCCGGAAGACCCGAGGAGGCGGCCCCCAGAGCGGCCUGUCCGCUGUGGCUGCAGGUCCCAGGCUGCGAGGACGAGGAGUUUGGGGACAUUCCGGGAUGGGCCCUUGGGGGCUGGCCCUUCGCUCUCUCCCCUCCCGUGGCGGAUAGGUGAGGCUGGGUGCCCGACUACGAUGAUAGUUAUUUUAAAAUUCUUUCUUUUAGUCAAAAUGAGUGAUAAGCCAGACUUGUCUGAAGUGGAGAAGUUUGACAGGUCAAAACUCAAGAAAACGAAUACUGAAGAAAAAAAUACUCUCCCCUCACAGGAAACUAUCCAGCAAGAGAAACAGUGUGUUCAAACAUCAUAAAAUGAGGAUCUUCUCCUCAAGAUCUAAUAUCAACAUUGCCUGAGUGUGUUGGUUUCAAGUUUGUUUGUUUUUUUGUAAACCUAUUUGUUUGUUGAGAUUUUAGGCAUCUUCUGAUGUCUUCUCACUCAUACUCCUUGGCUAAGAGGUCAGGGGUAGCCAGUGUUCCCUUACCUUCAUUUUUAAACUUUCCAUUGGUGAGUAAAUUCCAGCUGGCAGAUGCUGUCCAUAAUCUCACCACUGAUGACCUUUGUGUGUGUAGUCCUUGCAUCCCCAAAGAAUAAGCCACUUUUAACAUUUUACAAUUGAUGUCUCCAUUGUUCCAUAAUCUUCAUAAAAUGGCAUGCAUUUGCAGCUUCUCACAGUUUAUUUUCAUUUCAUAUGUAGUGAUAAAAUAAAUAUAAUCAUUAUGUUGAGA